CCAUUAUAUAUAUAGGUGAUAGAAGAUAAUUAAGGUUAUUGAACUUAAGCUAAAAAAAAAAAGCAUGGAGUAUGAGGAUCAAGAAGAGGAGCAAGACGGAGAACUCGGGCUUGGCCCGAGUUACGACGACUCGCCGGCCAACUCGAACCCGACUCGGCCGACCCCUUUGGAUUCGGCGGCGCCGCCGUCCCUGAGGAAGUUCAGGUACAAGGAGUGUCUGAAGAACCACGCCGUCGGCAUGGGUGGCCACGCCCUGGACGGCUGCGGCGAGUUCAUCGCGGCGGGAGACGACGGAACCCUCGAAUCCCUCAAGUGCGCCGCCUGCAACUGCCACCGCAACUUCCACCGCAAGGAAAACGAAGCCGCGGCGGCGGCGGCCGCCGCGUUCGCCUUCCACCAGCACCCUCAGCAGCAGCAGCUGCUCCUGACCCACCACCACCACCACCCGGCGCAUUUCGGGUACCGCAGCCCGAGCGGGUACCUCCACGUGGCCUCCGCCGCCGCACCACAUCACCACCACCAGAGGGCGGCGCUGCUGGCUCUGCCGUCAAGCUCCGGCGGCGGCGACGGCGGAGAUGGAAGUGGGUCCCGAGAUGAGAUGGAGAAUUACUACUCGAACCCACACAUGAGCAGCUCCGGAAAGAAGAGAUUCAGAACGAAAUUCACGGCGGAGCAGAAGGACAAAAUGCUGAACUUCGCGGAGAGGUUGGGGUGGCGGAUUCAGAAGCAGGAGGAGGAAAUGGUGCAGCAAUUCUGCGGCGAAAUGGGAAUCAAGAGGCACGUGCUUAAAGUGUGGAUGCACAACAACAAACACACUCUUGGUAAGAAAACCUAAAUAAUAAUUAUUACAAAAAAAAAAAAAAAAUUGGAAACUUUUAAGAAUUUUCUUGGAGGGGGAGGAGGUGACAAAUUUUAAUAUUCUAUGUAGGUAAUUAAUUAAUUAAAAGAAAAUGUUGUUGUUUUGUAAUAAUAUUAAUAUUUUGCAGUAUGAUGAUUUAAUUAGAAUGUUAAUUGGGAUGGUUAA